UUCUACUUGUAUUUAUGAUCCAUUUUAUCGACGUUUAAUGGAUGAUAAAUUCGAUGAUGAUAGCAGAAUUUGGUGUAUUACUUCUUAUUCAUCGAAUUUACAAAUGUCCAAUAUGUUUAUAAAUGCAUUUCACUUCUGUACUCCAUUUACUGUUAAUCUUUUCUCGACUGUGGUUCUCAUCUUAAAAACAUCUCAUCAACAAGCAAAGACUCGAACAAAUACAAAAUACAUAUCAAUUUUUAUAGAACAAAUUCAAGUACAUAAGCAUAUAUUGGUUGCUCCUUUUGUAAUAGUUAUACUUGGAAUACCACGUUUAGUCAUUGGAUUUGUAUCAAAAUGUAUGAAUUCAAACAAUGAUGCAACAUUGUAUCUUAUUGGAUAUUUUGUUUCAUUCAUUCCACCUAUGCUUACAUUCAUUAUCUUUGUAAUGUCAUCGAAGUUUUAUAAAGAACAACUUGGUAACGUUUGGACUAAUAUCAAGAUUGAAAUUAAACGAAAUUUUACUUCUCUUUAA